UAGGGAGAUCUGAUUCACAUGUUUAUGUAUUUUAUGCCAGAAAACGCUUGAUUUCUCUCAUUUCAAUUGGUUGCUUGAAUCUGAUCCAUGGUCUCUCUUUGUCUGUUAACUGAAUGAGCAAUGUGAGCAAAAUUAGAUAAGAUAAUGGAGGUUGAAAGGAAACUUUCCAAGGGAGGAUUUCUUCAAUUGUUUGAUUGGAAUGGUAAAUCUAGGAAGAAGCUCUUCUCGAACAAUUCCGAGUUACCGGAAGAAUCAAAGAGAGUAAAACCCGAGGAACAUGUAGUGAAGCCGCCGCCUCUUAUGAUGGAGGGGGAUGAGUACACUGCCGCGUCGAAUAAUAGGUUAAGCGGUGAUUUUAAUUCUUCUUCUUCGGUGACUAGCGACGAAGGAUACGGAUCUAGAGUGCCUGGAGUUGUUGCUAGGCUUAUGGGGUUAGACUCAUUGCCGACACAAAAUGUCUCCGAGUCUUCUUCUGUCCCGUACUCAGGGUCUUGCUCUCUUAGAGUAUCGCAUUACGAAAGAAGUACUCCUAGUUUAUGGAACGAACAUCAACCCACAGACUACACUAACAUCUCUAACAAGCUUGACAGGUCGUCUUCAAAUCACUCACCAUAAGCUUUUGUCUACUAU